UGUUUCACUAUUAGGUUUAUGAACCUUUGUGAUCUCUGCUGGUUGCAUUUCUGUUUUGUCAAUUGAUUUGCAUGUUAAAAUUACUUUAAGUUGUGGUAUUCUUGGAUUCCUCCAUUUCUACGGUUGGAAGAUGAAAAUUUUUUAUUCUUGGUUCCAGGUUUAUUAGAUUCAACUAUAGAAGUGAAAUGGCCGGAUCUAGGAUUGCUCAUGCUACCUUGAAAGGACCAAGUGUCGUUAAGGAGAUAGUUAUCGGAAUAACGCUCGGCCUUUGUGCUGGUGGGCUUUGGAAGACGCAUCACUGGAAUGAGCAGAGGAAAGUGAGAGCAUUCUAUGACAUGCUUGAGAAAGGCGAAAUCAGUGUUGUUGCAGAAGAAUAAGUAUUGAUGUUUUGUGAAUUUGUUGUGACAACUUUGGCUCUAUUUUGAUCUUUGUGAUCCUCUUCAUUUGGCUCUUU